UGUAAAAAUAUAAAAUAUAAAAAAUAUAUAAAAUGUGUGCUGUCUCAAGGUAUAAAAAAGUAAAUAAUUGAAUUGGAUAUUUCUUGUAGACAUUUGUUUUGUUGUUGUCAGUUAUUUGUUCUUUUUUAAACUAUGUAGUACAAGUCAUGAAGGGGCUUCUCUUUUUAUUAAGUCUUCCUGCAUAUCAUGUUAUUUGUAUGUCUGUGUAAGUUUGUACACAUGUUGGUAAAUUUAUGUUCAGUCAAAGCACGAUUGGUUUUCAUUUUACUUUUAACUAUUGUGAUCUUUUUUUAGCAUGUGAACGGUGAACAUUUUCAGCAUGACUAUGCACAGACCUGUAGAUGCUGUGCUCUGAUUUUGCACAGUAUAAAGUUGUAUUGAAUGCAAUACAGCACAUUUACCUGCUUGCUAUGACUUGCUUGCUUUCGAUUAGUCAUGAAUUUAAAGAAGUUUGAAACUCUUCUUCAUAUUCUGAAGCUGUAUGGUUAAAGAUUUAUUUUUAUAAUUGCUUUGAUACAGAGAGCAAAAAUAACAUUUGUUAGACUUAAUAUUUAGUUUUCUUUUUAAAGAGACAAAAAAGCUUUUUUUUUCUUUUUUUUCAACUCCUUUGUGCUUAAAGGCAUCUAGUCCAUUGUUCAUUUUAUUGUUGCUCAUCCAAGAUGAGUGUAAGCAUUUUCCUACCAAUGCAAUAAAAUUAUAAAAUGUUUGCUAUGAGUAAAAAUAUAUUUUUGUGUGGUUUCUCUUAACUGCCUCUGUAAUAACUUCGUACCCAAUUUUCAAUUUUUAUUCUGCAUUAUUUAACUCUCUGUUUUGGCAUUGCCCCACUGGCCUUGACAUAUAUUUACCUCCAAGAGGCAGAUGCCCAUUCCUUUAAGGCUGCAAAAAGUUGUAAACUAGGUUGCUGUAUUCCAUGAUAGUGUUAGUCUGAGUAACAGCAAAAAAAAAAAAACAGUCUCAUGCUGAAGUUUGUCAGGACUGUUUCGUCAGGAAAACUCAGGUGAGAGUUUGUAAUUAAAAUCAGUUUGUCAGAGGCUUUCAUGCAGAUGGGGCUUUGUUGUUUUAAGUCUGAAGAUAACUGUCUCACUGCCCUAUGAUUCUAAGAAUACUGAAUGUCCCUCUGCAGCUCUAUCUAACCGUGAGCUCAUCAGCAAUUAUUGUGUAAUUGUCUUUAAUUCUUUAACUCAGAGGAGCUGCAAUUUGGCUCCAUGUUGUUUUCUCUGGCCCUUGUUUUUCUACUGCUCUUUUGGGACUGUGGUCAAAAGAAAUAUCUCUUCUUGCCCUACACUGAUGCACAAGGGUGCAGGAAGAGCAGAUUACACCAAACUUUGUCAAUGUCUGUACAAGUCCUAUCGUUGCUCCCACUUUCUGUGCUGGUGCUUCUACUGUGUGCAGUAUGUGGGGCUGGAAUGGGGUUUUCUGUGGUAGAAGAGACUCUGCAGGAAAAGUGUGUGAACUUGGACACUUCACAGAAUUUAGACGGUGAUGGUUUCUACCAGGAUGGUGAUGUGAUUAUCGGUGCUCUCAUUAAUGUACAUAACCUGGCUGCGACCCCUGACCUGAGCUUCACUGGAAAAGCUGAAUUAGCGCCAUGCUUAGAUUUUCAGGAAAAUUCUGUGCAGUGGGCUCAGGCGAUUGUAUUUGCAGUUGAGGAAAUUAACCGGAGCCCCUCUCUGUUGCCGGGGGUCCAGCUGGGUUAUCACGUAAUGGAUAGCUGUUCCCGUUACCCCCACAGCCUGAUGGCAGCUAUGUCAAUGAUCAGUGGAGGAAACAAAACUUGCGGCACCACAAGACCUGCCAAAGUCCUCAUAGGAGAUUCUUCUUCUACACAAAGCAUUCUUCUGUCCAGGACCCUGAGACCCCUGCAGAUUGCAGUGGUCAGCUACUUGGCCAGCUGCCCGUGUCUAAGUGACAGACAAAAGUACCCUAAUUUCUUCCGCACUGUCCCUAGUGAUGCUUAUCAGGCACGCACCAUGGCACAGAUGGCCAAACGCUUCGGCUGGACCUGGGUUGGAGCCGUGGUUGCCGAUAAUGACUAUGGCCGCGGGGCUGUACAGGUGUUUGAAGAGGAAAUCAAGGGCACGGGAAUCUGUUUGGCCUUUUAUCACACACUUUACAGGGAGCAGUUGGCAAAGGAUGUGGCCCGUGCUGCUGCAACAGUCCAAGCCUCUUCUGCCCGCGUAAUCCUGGUGUUUUCUUGGUAUAUGGAUGUAGAGGUGUUUCUUUUGGAAUUAAUCCGUAGGAAUGUGACAGACAGGCUAUUCCUGGCCAGUGAGAUUUGGAGCACUAGCACCUAUGUCUUGGCCAAUCCCCAACUCUACACCAUCGCUAAAGGAACACUGGGUGUAGCUUUAAGAAGUGCGCCUAUACCUGGUUUUGAUGCGCAUCUCCGGCAGCUACAUCCUGCCCCUUACCCUGAUAAUGAAUUCUUGAGGACUUUGUGGGAAAAUACAUUUGGCUGUAGGCUUAUGAAAAGCUCUUCCAAGGCUAUUCAGAAAGCCCUGCCUCUAUGCAGUGGCAGAGAGAGUCUAGAGGGGGUUCACAGUCAAUUUACCGAUACUUCUCAACUGACAGUGACAUAUAAUAUUUAUUUAGCUGUAUACGCUGCUGCUCAUGCACUUCAUGCUUUGCUGGAGUGCACCCCGCAAAAUAACUCUGAUUCUCAAAUAAAACCAAAGUGCUCCUCUCCAGACAACAUCACUCCAGCACAGCUUUUACAGUAUAUUGGACAAGUUCAUUUUACCACUCAGUUAGGAGAGGAGUUUUAUUUCCAGGAUGGCAGCAUUCCACCUGUCUAUAACCUGGUAAACUGGCAGAGAGCUACUGUUGGUUUGGUGCUGUGUGGUUUUUUGAAGAGGAAAUCAAGCUCCUGAUGGUUCACUCAUGUGUGUUUUAUUUCAUGGCCUGGAGACUCUGGGAAGAUGCCUGUAUCCAUGUGCACUUCUGAGUGUCCACCUGGGACACGUAAAGCCAUUAAGAAGGGUCUGCCAGUGUGCUGUUUUGACUGCCUGCCCUGUACGGAGGGGGAAAUCAGUAACAGUACAGGCUCAAUAAAAUGUUAUCGCUGUCCCCCAGAGUUCUGGUCUAAUAGUUUCAGAAAUGAAUGUGUGCCCCGCGAGACUGAGUUCCUCUCCUUUAGAGAAACAAUGGGCAUCACACUGGUAAGUGUUGCAAUUUCGGGUGCCGUCAUCACAGCUACAGUGGCUCUGAUUUUCCUGUACCAUAAGAGCACUCCGGUAGUUAAAGCCAACAACUCUGAGCUCAGCUUCCUGCUGCUGCUGUCUCUCAAGCUCUGCUUCUUGUGCUCACUGGUGUUUGUAGGCCAGCCAUCGCUCUGGUCAUGUAGGAUUCAACAGGCUGCAUUUGGGAUCAGUUUUGUCCUGUGCAUCUCCUGUAUUCUGGCCAAGGCGAUUGUGGUUCUAUUUGCAUUUCACUCCACUAGAACUGGAUCCUCAGCUCUUAUCAGAUGGUUUGGACCGGGCCAGCACAGAGGAAGUGUUCUGGUCUUUACCAGUGUUCAGGUGGUUAUCUGUGCCAUUUGGCUCUCCGUCAGUCCACCUUCACCACACCGUAACUUUGGAAUCCAAGGCUGAAAGGUCAUCCUUGAGUGCACAGUUGGGUCAGUUGUGGGAUUCGCCUGUGUUCUGGGCUACAUUGGCUUUCUGGCUGCUGUCUGCUUCCUGCUGGGCUUCUUUGCAUGUAAACUUCCAGAUAAUUUUAACGAGGCAAAAUUAAUUACUUUCAGCAUGUUGAUCUUCUGUGCUGUCUGGACUGCAUUUGUGCCAGCAUAUGUCAGCUCGCCAGGGAAAUACAGCAUAGCAGUGAAAAUUUUUGCCAUAUUGGCCUCUAGUUUUGGAUUCUUGUUUUGUAUCUUUAUCCCAAAAUUUUACAUUAUUUUACUCAAGCCAGAAAACAAUAUUAAAAGAUUUCUUAUGGGAAAAGCAUAAUUAUACCUGUGAGAAAUUUUCUUUUCUGUUUUGUGGUUCCGUUUCCCUAUAAUAAAGCUGUUCUGAGUCACAGUCAUGUUUGUUUCUGUUAUUUAUUUAAUGCAAGUGCUUCUCAAAUCAGUCCUGAAGAUUUUGUCCAAUUUUCAGUAGAAAAUUUUUAAAACGUACAAAAUUGAUCACACACUUAAUUCAAAACCUGAUAUGAAUAUGUCCUAAAAUUUAGAAUAGUUUUCUUUCACACAACUUCUUUUUAUAAUGCAGAGUGGGUUAAC